CUUCUGAAAAUGAAGGAAGCUGCCUUAAUUUAUCUUAAUAGGAGUGGUGGUCUUCAGAAAUUUGUUGAUGACUGCAAAUCAUAUUGUGAUGAAUCCAGCCAAGGUUAUGCUGUUUUCAGGUUUCUUAUAUUGGUAAAUCCAUCUGAUAUUACUGAGUUGGAUGCUAUCCUUGGAAAUUAUAUUUUGCAUCAACCUGUGAAGGCUACUCAGAUUUUUCAGUCAGUAUGUUUUACUGCAGUUAAAACAUUAUCAUUAAUUCAACAAAUAGAGACUGAAGAUCAGAUGAAUAUAGUCCUGAAACUAACACAUUUACCAUCCUUGCCCUGUUACGUUCUCAGUCUUUGCACAUUUCCAUUUGAUUACACUGCUCAGAGGUUUUAUGUGGCAGAGGGAAUAGUGGUUGCAAUGACUAUUAUAACAAAGUAUACACAGGGAGCGAGAUUUGUUUGUUCUGAGGAAACAUGCCAGUUUUCUGAAGGGUUUCAGUAUAUAAGAGUACAUACUGCUGGAGCUACAGAAUCUGCAACACUAAGAAAUGAUUUUGUAUGCAGUUUAUGUACGUCACCACUGAAAGAAGACAUGAAAUACCGAGUACUUGGUGAUAAACAAGUGGUUGAAAUGAUUGACUCUAAAGCGAUUAGUGUGUUUCAGGGAUUUUCCAGAAGUAAAACACAUUUCAGAUUUCAAUCAUUUACAGUGUUUCUAAGAGAUGAAUUAUCCAAUAAAAUGAAAAUGGGAAACCAAUAUAAAGUUAUAGGAAUUCCAGUCUGUAUGCAAAGCUGCUUACAAGCCACAAUUUGUCUUGAAGCCAACAGUGUACUUCUUUCUAAUUCUACAGGGCCUUCUUGUAUCAGUGAAAAAAUUAAGUAUCUGCUUUAUUUGACUUCAAAUUCAUGUUGGAAAUUUACAGCGCUUCUGGUUGAUAGUUUUGCUUCAAAAGUUCUUCCAUCAGGCAUUUAUAAUACUGUGAAAUUGGCCAUACUGUUGAGUUUAGUACAGACCAUUGAUGGAGAUAAUACAACAGCAGAUUACUUAGAUCUUCUGGUAAUAACAAGAGAUUCUCUUAUACUGGAGAGAAUUAUGAAUUAUAGUAUAUGCCUUGUGCCCCGAGGCAUUCGACACUUUCCAUCUGGUGAAGUUUUUCCAACUGUAUCAAAAGAUAAACAUGGGACUGGAACCGCUAGUAUUCAGGCUGGUAGUGCUUUGAUGGCUAAAGGUGGAAUAUGCUUCAUUGGAGAACUGACUUCACAUAAGAAAGAUAAACUUGAACAACUACAAGCAGUACUAGAGAGCAGGACAAUUACUAAAUUCAUUCCAGGAAGGAAAUAUGGAGAAGCUACUGAUCAGCAAGUUACUUUUCCAAUUCAAACAAGUUUCUGGUCAUUUACUGAUGUGAAUUCAUCUUCCAAAAAGCACAUACAAAUGGAUAAUACUGUAAUUGGUCAGCUGGACUUAAGCUUGAUUUCAGCUACUCUUAUAGAUGCAUUUGGACUUUUGAUAUACUGCAAUGAGGUAUCAUGUUGUCGUUCUCCACCUCCUGUUGCGAAUUUCAUUUUUAAAAAAUCUAUUAAUUCAGAAGAGAUUUAUUCUGUCACCCAACAGUUCCAAACCCAAGAUUAUGAGGAAUUCCUCGCUUUUUCAAAGAAUUUGCAUGUAGAACUGUGUCCAGAAUCCAAAAGGUUAAUUCAUGGCUACUAUCUAGCAAGUCGCAGAGUCAGAACACAGCUCAUAAAUGGAUCUAAUCUCUCAGUUACUUCAUUAAAAAUCUUGUAAGUUGACACCUGCAAAUUAAAUACAGCCCACUUCAGACAUUCUGGUUUUAAGUUGGACUAAUGCACAAAGGCGGAGAGUUGCAUGAAUUAGCAACUCCCCAUCUCAUUCAAGCAUGUAUCAUGAAUGUGCCCGACUGCAUAGAAAUCUUUAUGCACGAAGGUUUUCUCCCUCCAGAUGCUAAUGCAAGCAUCAAAGAAUUAUUACUUAGAAUAUGCAACAUCAUCGGGUGUGUCUAGUUUGUACAAUUGUGCUGUCCCAUGCAUUGGUCAAAGAAAGGAUGGAAAAGCUGUGGGCCCUUCAGAUGCUGCUGAAUUCAGUUUAGGUACUGAACCAUAUUCAAGGUCUUA